CCACAAAAGGGUACUUCACACCUUUCACUUUUUCCCCAGGACCGAAGAUUCCGCCAUAUAUAAAGGUCUGGGUUCCGCUGCCCAAAAGAUUGGGGCUCUUCUCUUUCUUCCAUCUUGCAGCUGGUCAUCGCUGGAAGAAUCAAACUCUCUUUCUCGUCCUUUGUCUACCGCCGACUGCGUUCGUAUCAGUCAUAUCGUAUCAGCAGCCCCCACAGAACCGCAGGUUAAAAUUCGAGUUCGAGUCAAGUUUGAGUGGAAGAAAUCAGCGUCAUGGCUUUAACGAUAGCACAACACCCAAUACUAGUCAGAGACCACGCAUCGCGCGUAACACGGGCGGGAUCAGUCCUCGUCGACUCAACCAACGUGCACCGUCGUAUCAGGCCUUCAUCAUCGACAAAGCACUACAACCCUCUUUUCCCAUUUUGCUCCCGUCCGUGCAAAGCCCCACCUACCCUUUCCCUUUCAUCGACAUGUGCCAGCUCCUCGCAAUCGCGGGCGCUCUUACCAUCUCCGCCAGAUCUCCCAGAUGUCCGGAGCGUCAUACCCUUCCCUUCCGUGUCACUCGCAGAUGAUGUUGCUAGCAUAAUCGACGUCGAUAUGUUUGAUGGGACGAUCGAUAGCGUUGAUCCGCAGUCUUUCCCAUCAGCCUCGUUUUCACCGUGUAAUGACACCGCCUCCCCAUGCUCCGCGCAGACUCGUCUUCGCAAGCGGCGAUCCCAAGCCAUCGCCACACUCUCCCAGCCAAAAGGUCCCAGACGGGACAAAAAGGCCAAGUCAAGGGAGAAUAGCAGAUCUGGGAGUGCAGAUGCGACCGUGCGCAAGCGGUCUCGUAAGAGUUGGCGCCAAGUUGCGGACUUGAUGUUCCUUGCUACCGUCCAUCGCAGCCUCGUGUCGAACGUCUGCGGUACUGAUCCGUGGGAUUGUGUUAGUGAAGAGGAUGUUGCGCCAGUAGAUGCACAGACCCUUGAAGGGCAGGAUGUGCUCCUGGCGCGCAGGAUACAGACACGAUUGAUCGAAUUUGGAUGCUCGUUGAUUAUUGACGGCGUCCCGGCGGUGCCUCGCGAUAAUGACGUGUCUAUUCCUCCUCCUUGCGCACCGGAAAAGUCAUCUCAAUUUAUACGUUCCAACACGAUCCUAAACCUCGGCAGUUCACCCUCCGACACGCCCUCACCACGAUCAUCCCCACCGCCCACAAGCAUCCCCAUACCCCCAGUCCUCACUAUGCCCCAGCUCGUCGCCACGUUGAUGAUGCGACAUAACGACCGAUGUAGCACGCGUUCCCGCUCGAGCUGGCGAGCUCGUCGUGCUGAACUCUCUUCUGGUCACUUCGUCCAGCGGAAGUCACCCCUGUUUGCAGCUAGCUGACUUGCACGCGUCUUCGCCGUCGUGGCAUCGUAUCUUUGCCACGAGGCGCCAUAUAUUUGCCAUGAGGCAUCUAUCUUUGUUUUAUAUCUUCACGACGUUUCACGGGCGCUACGACACAUCAUACUGUGUAUUGAUAGUCUUUUAAUUCUUUGCGGAGCAUGGUUGAGUACAUGUAACGCUAAUUUGUGGUCUUGCUUGCGAGAUCUACGUAGUGCUAUGCAAUUCAACGCGUAAUGAUACUGAAUC